AUGAGUCUCUGGGUUAUCCAGCACUUCAUUGACCUUGGGUGGUGCUCCACCGCAAAGGGCAGGACCUGCGGUGCCGCUGCGGGUGACACCCACAUUCUCACCGGCUAUGGUCAAGGCAUCUCCUUGGCCUUCGCGCCUAUCUUUGGCUACGCAAGCGAGCGGUUCAAGAAAUCAUCCGUCCUUGCCUUUGCUGGUUUCAUUGGUGCCAUUGGUUCGCUUCCUUUUGCCUUCACUCAAAAGGCCCCUGCCGACAAGUCUAACUUUGCCUUUGUGACCUUGACAGGUAUUGGUCAGAUCGGUAUGAUCGUCACAGGCAUGACUCUCGUCAACGGUGUCCAUGUUGACCCAAAGUACCGCGGUAGUGUCGCCGGCGUAUUCAGUUUCUGUGGUGCGAUUUCCAUCAUGUUCAUGGCGCGCUUGGGAGGAUAUCUAUUUGAUGCCUGGAUGCAUGGCGCGCCUUUUGUCCUGAUGGGCAUCGCGCAUUUGGCGGUGGCCUUGAUGAGUAUCUAUGUUCGCGCAGUGACACCGAGGUUGGAGAAGGAGGACGCCGCCCGAUUGGAAGCCGAGCAAGAGAAGCAGGAGAAGGAGGCUAAAAAGGUGGAUGAGAACCAUCUUCAAGGAACACUUUUCUCGACUAUGUAA